UAGAAUUACAGGAAUAGGGUGGCGUGAAAGGGGGGUAAAAUAGUCCAUGCGAAGGAAGGUUGAGUCUGAAAAUGUGAUGGAGAAAGUGGUUGCGAGGGUGCUGUAUAACACUCGAUCCAGCACAUCCAAGAACUAAGAACCAACGCAUGCCUCAAUAAUAAUAAUAUAACAACUCUCCUCUCAACGCCGUCGUUUCCAAACUCUUCCCUUCGCUUCUUCUCCCAAACCGCCCAAAUUAAUUAACGCCGAUUUCGCACCCAAUUCGGACAACCACAACUUGGAUCUCAGGAAACAAAAAUUGCAUUUGAGAAUAAAAUAAGAGUGUAGCAUAGGGCCUUGUUCUUGAUACUGUGCUAAAUUUGUUGGAUGGCGGAGAAAUCAUGCAUCAAGCGCCUUCAGAAGGAAUAUAGAGCCCUUUGUAAAGAGCCAGUUUCUCAUGUUGUGGCUCGUCCUUCACCAAGUGAUAUUCUUGAGUGGCAUUAUGUGUUGGAAGGAAGUGAAGGAACACCUUUUGCAGGUGGAUAUUACUAUGGAAAAAUCAAGUUUCCUCCUGAAUAUCCAUAUAAACCCCCUGGAAUCAGCAUGACUACACCUAAUGGACGGUUCAUGACACAGAAAAAGAUCUGCUUGUCUAUGAGUGACUUUCAUCCAGAAAGUUGGAAUCCCAUGUGGUCUGUUUCAAGCAUAUUAACAGGGCUUCUUUCAUUCAUGAUGGACAACAGUCCAACCACUGGCAGUGUAAACACCACCACUGCUGAGAAGCAGCGUCUAGCAAAAUCUUCCCUUUCGUUCAACUGCAAGAAUGCUACAUUCAGGAAGAUGUUCCCUGAGUAUGUGGAGAAAUACAACCAGCAACAGCUUUCUGAACAGGCUGCUCUAGAGAGGGUCUCAUCCGAGACGUCUCCCGACAAGAGCUCAAGGCCAGUUUUGGAAAAGAAAUUAGAAUCCACAGGAGGAGAAGACAUGAGAAGAGUAGAUGGGUUGAAGGAUGUGAGAAAAAACAGAAAACCAUUUCCAGCGUGGAUGUUGUUAUUACUCUUCUCCAUCUUUGGGGUUGUAAUGGCGUUACCACUACUUCAGCUGUGAUGAUAGGCAAAUAAAUCUUUAUAGGAGGUACAAAGCGUUCUCCUGGAACUGGUUAUAUGUUCUGCUUAGGUUGUCAUGUCUAAACAGAAUUUGUAUAGGGAAAAUGAUGGACAUGGAGGCUGCGUUAAAUGUAUGGACUGGUUUUACUCCUUUGUGUCUAUGUUGCCAGCUUCUUGGUGGUGGUGAAUGCUAAGAAGUUACAUGCUUCAUACUUGUGAUUUUCUUCUAAAUGUUUUGAGAUUUGUCUUGUAGUGCUGGUUGCCAUUAAACACUGCACAUACUGCUUCGUGCAUUAUGCUAUUUAGAGUGGAUAAGUUAUAUCCCAUUAAAACAUAAACGUAUUUCGCCGUAAAAUUUUGAUCCCUGUAAUGGCAAUGUAUAGAGUAAAAGUUAAAUA